AUGAUGGGAGUGAAUGUAACUGGAGAAAUCGGAGACAUGUUGACUAUGUGCACACCGGAGAACGAUAUGGUCAUGACGUACACGCCAAUGACAAAAAAGAACGUGGUUGUUACGGGUUUUGGUCCAUUUCGUGGUUUCGAAGAAGAGAACCCAUCAUCUUUAAUUAUAGAUGAACUGAAAGCAACUGGAAUUGAUGGUGUCAACCUCGAACUUCAUAAAAUCACAGUAGCCUAUGAAGACGUUAGCAAGCGGGUUCCGGAACUUUGGAAUGAGCACAAUCCUGAUCUAGUAAUCCAUCUCGGAGCUCAUCCUGUCCCAAAAACCAUCAAGUACGAACAACAAGCGUUUUCUGACGGUUACUGUAGUAACGACGUGAAUGGAUGCACUCCAGAAGGCAACCGUACCACUUGUGCCAGUCAGGAUCAAAUUUUGAAAUCUUGUAUCAAUUGUGAUGAGCUCGCCAGGAAUGUUACCGAGAUUUGUGGUUUGGAUGGAGAGACAAAGCAUGGAGGAUUAUGUGUGAAGAAGUCGGAAGACCCGGGGAGAUACCUCUGUGGCUUUUCCUACUUCUUGUCUCUCCACCAGGAUUGCUCAAAGUCCCUCUUCAUUCACGUGCCCGCUUUUGAAGGAGAAUGUACGAAAGAAGCUGUUGCCGAAGUAAUCCGCGAGACCAUCAAGUCAAUUUUGGGAAUUUUCUAG